UUCAGAACAAGGGGUAAGUUACUGGCGAAGUUAAUAAAAAUGCCGCGCCACAAUGUCAGCCAGCAUGAAUAAUGAUAGAAAGUCGAAAAGUAUUCGACAGGAAACGGCGGAACCAAGGCAUCCUUUAUACUUGUUCCAGCCUUUUUAGUGCUGGGGCCUAGCCAUCAUCCACCAUGGCUGUUUGUGUCUUGAACCCAUCUCUCUGCCCGAGCGUGCAACACCAGUCUAACGGGCCACACGAGCCGAGAGGCGUUGGGCGACAAGCCUCAGCUCAGCAAUGGUUGGCUCCACACCAAGCUCUCUCUCCCAAGGCUGUUCUUUCAAACGGGGAGAUGGAAGAAAUUUUGGCAGAGACCCUGCUUGCAGGGCGCCACGGCGGGUGUUAUCAUGCUGCCUGAUGCUGUGACUCCUGUUGCCUAUCUCCCCGCAUCCUGUAUUUUCCCCUGGCUUCCUCUGCCUGGUGAAUUCUUCAUUUCUGCCCUCUCUCUGUCUCUUUCCGGAGGAGGGAAGACGUUACAUCUCCAUCUUUCAGGCCAGCUCCUUUGAUGUCACAAAUAUUCCGGAGAGAGCUCCCUUUGACGUCAUGCCCGAUUUGGCUAGAUCCUUUCAACGAUUAGUUAGUUACAUCAUCGCCAUUUUAUCCUGCGCAAAACAUACACACAAGGAUCAAUUGGUGCAGAAAAAAAAAAAAAAAAAAAGAGAGAGCAUCCCCUAUCAGAAUUCCUAGGUGAAUCUUUUCUAGCUUUUUGUGUGUUCUACGAAUAUUCUCUAUUGUUGGCUCGAAUAAAAUGGUAAAAAAAAAAGCUCUCAAGCCCACGGAAAACCUCGCUUUCAAGGGCUUCAUCUUAGCUACAUUACAUUGGGUCUCCAUUCAUCGAUAAUCAAAUGUCAAUGAUAUUGCAGCCGAGUGCCUAAUUUCCUAGCAAGAAUUGAGCCGGGUAGGGCGGGAAGAGACAAAAGGAGAGGGGAAAUAAAAAUUUACAAGAAACCAAGAAGAAGAUCAAUCAAUGGCUGUUGAAAUUUCUCUCGUUACCCACAUUCCACCAAACGUUUCGGCUAGAAUCUACCAAUAGAAUAGAACAGCAAUUGCAUGACAACGUAAAUAAUUUAUCCGAUGGAACAACAGUGGCCUUCAAAAUGAGAAAGAAAGAAAUGAAAGAAAGAAAUAUCAAAAGCAACGUCGCUACUACCUCCCAGCUUGAAGAUCCGGAACCCCAAAGUAAAAGUAAUAACUGACGCAUCACAAUCCAAGCAAAAGACCGACCCAAGACGAGUAGAGAAAGAAAUAAGAAGUAGAGAGCAGAGGUAAACAGGCACACAGGCUGUAGGUGAAUUCACAAUUUGGCUUCACCGAUGCAG